ACAACCGGGCACGGCGCUGUUGUGGACAAAAACAGACAGGGAGAGGGACCUGGAGCGCAGAGGCAUAACCCAUCGAGCCGGUUCCUAUUAUCAGCGGAUGUAUUAAGAAAAUUCAGACACGCUGGCUGGAUAAGGUGACCGGUUACGGAAAGAAGGUGCGGUCGUGCUCCAGGGCUGAAGCGGACAUUUCCAGAAUAUCAUACUAUGCCGAAUAUGAUGGCCAGUUAGCCCCAGGAGGAGCAUCUGAGUCAGGCAUGGCAUCGUCUUCCUACUUGGAACCCAACCUCAACCACUCCUCAGCGGGUGGCUGUGGGGUUAAAUCCCGGUCUGGAAUGCCUGGUGGACCCAGCACCAGUGGCUCUGCUGGAGGUCUAGAGCGCCCUCCAGGCUCCAUGGACCGCGUUCUUAAGAUCUUCCAUUACUUUGAGACAAACAGUGAACCAUGUACAUGGGCUAGUAAUAUCAGGCACGGAGAUGCUACAGAUGUCAGGGGUGUAAUCCAGAAGAUAGCAGAGAUCCACAAACUGCGCUGUGUGGCCUCUUUGGGUCUCCGUCUGACCCAUUUGCGCUCAGACGCUCUCCAUUGGUUACACCCUGAUUUGGGUGUGUCUCAUGUGAGGGAGAAAUAUGAAAAACAGCACCCGCAGGAGGAGUGGAGGUAUGAGUUACGGAUACGAUACUUUCCUAAAGGCUAUCUCAGCCAUUUCUCUGAAGACAAACCUUCUCUCAACUACCUCUAUCACCAGGUAAAGAGUGACUACAUGCAACAUAUAGCUGACCAGGUGGAUCAAGAUGUUGCACUGAAACUGGGCUGUUUAGAAAUAAGGCGGUUCUUCAGAGAGAUGCCAGGCAACGCCCUGGAUAAGAAAUCAAACUAUGAGCUACUAGAGAAAGAUGUUGGUUUGAGAAGGUUCUUCCCCAAAAGCCUGCUGGACUCGCUUAAGCCGAAGGCUCUUCGUAAGCAGAUCCAGCAGACCUUUAAGCAGUUUGCUAACCUCAAUGAUGAGCAGAGCAUCCACAAGUUCUUUGAGAUACUUUCUCCCAUCUACCACUUCGACAAGGAGUGCUUCAAAUGUGCUUUAGGGUCCAGCUGGGUAAUAUCAGUAGAGUUAGCUAUCGGACCAGAGGAAGGAAUCAGCUACCUCACAGAUAAGGGCUUGACGCCCACACACUUAGCUAACUUUAAUCAGGUCCAGUCCAUCCAGUACUCUGCUUUGGAAGAGAAGGACAGGAAAGGCAUGCUGCAGCUGAAUGUGGCCGGAGCUCCCGAGCCCCUCACUGUCACUACAGCACUGCUGACUACGGCAGAAAACAUGGCCGAUUUGAUUGACGGUUACUGUCGGCUCGUCUCCUCGGUUACUCACUCCUUCAUCGUCAGAGUCCACAAAGAGGGAGACAGAGCUCUGCCUUCUAUACCAAAAGUUUCAAAUCAUGAGAAGCGGAUGGAAAAGCGGAUGGACGGAGUACGAACUCGAGCGGUUUGUGUCUCAGGUCACAUUAGUGGCGAUGAAACGGACGACUAUGCUGAGAUCAUAGACGAGGAGGACACCUACACCAUGCCUUCAAAAUACUAUGGACUAGAUCAAGCGCGUGACUAUGAGAUUCAGCGAGAUCGUAUUGAGCUGGGACGCUGCAUAGGUGAGGGUCAGUUUGGAGACGUCCACCAAGGAAUUUACAUCAGCCCGGAGAACCCAGCGCUGUCUGUGGCUGUGAAGACGUGUAAGAACUCAACAUCAGACAGCGUCAGGGAAAAAUUUCUCCAAGAAGCAUUGACCAUGCGUCAGUUUGACCAUCCUCACAUAGUGAAGCUAGUGGGAGUCAUCACUGAGAAUCCAGUCUGGAUCAUCAUGGAGCUCUGUACAUUUGGAGAGCUACGGUCAUUUCUUCAGGUGAGGAAAUACAGUCUAGACCUGGCUACUCUCAUCCUGUACUCUUACCAGCUCAGCACAGCGUUGGCAUAUCUGGAGAGCAAACGCUUUGUACACAGGGACAUCGCAGCGCGGAACGUGCUGGUAUCAACGGUCGACUGCGUAAAGCUGGGAGACUUUGGGCUGUCACGAUACAUGGAGGAUAGCUCGUAUUACAAAGCAUCUAAAGGUAAACUGCCUAUUAAAUGGAUGGCUCCAGAAUCCAUUAACUUCAGACGGUUUACUACAGCCAGUGAUGUCUGGAUGUUUGGUGUCUGCAUGUGGGAGAUUCUGAUGUAUGGCAUCAAGCCUUUUCAGGGUGUGAAGAACAACGAUGUCAUUGGCAGGAUAGAGAACGGCGAGCGACUGGCUAUGCCCCCCCAGUGCCCUCCUACUCUCUACAGCUUGAUGACAAAGUGUUGGUCGUACGAUCCCAGCAAGAGGCCACGCUUUAAUGAACUUAAAACACAGCUGAGCACGAUAUUAGAGGAAGAGAAGGUCCAGCAGAAAGAGAGGAACAGGAUGGAGAUGAGGAGACAGGUCACUGUUUCUUGGGACUCUGGAGGGUCUGAUGAAGCACCACCAAAACCAAGUAGACCUGGCUAUCCCAGUCCUCGCUCAAGUGAAGGGUUCUACCCCAGUCCCCAGCAUCCUGGACACUACCAGAUGACAGGCUAUCCAGGCCCUCACACCCUCCCCUCUGUGCCCAGCGCCUUGUACCCCCCACAGGCGACGAUGCUGGACACCCACCACGCACACACACACCCCCGCCACCACGUCCACACACACUCGCACGCACAGCACCUUCCGCAGCCGCAUGGACAGGAUAUGGCGCUGUGGGGCUCUGUGAUGGAGGACAGGGCAGUAGACAUGCAGCAGUGUGUAGACCAGCAGUGCCUGUUAAUGGAGGAACAGCUGAUCAUACAACAGCAUCAGAUGGAGGAGGAUCAGAGGUGGCUGGAACAGGAGGAAAGGCUGCUGAAACCCGACACAAGAAGUUCAAGAGGCAGUCUGGACAGAGAAGAUGGUGGACUCCAGCCACCGACAGGAAACCAGCACAUUUACCAGCCCGUUGGCAAACCAGAGCAUGUGGCCCCGCCAAAGAAACCCCCUCGACCCGGCGCCCAGAGCCAAGUAGGCAGCCUGGCCUGUCUAAACACUGGAGACAGUUACAAUGACGGAGUCAAGCCGUGGCGGCUACAGCCUCAGGAGAUAAGCCCGCCUCCCACCGCCAAUCUGGAUCGCUCGAAUGACAAAGUCUACGAGAACGUGACAGGAUUGGUCAAAGCUGUGAUUGAAAUGUCAAGCAAGAUCCAGCCAGCUCCACCCGAGGAAUACGUGCCCAUGGUCAAGGAUGUGGGUCUGGCAUUGAGGACAUUAUUGGCCACAGUAGAUGAGACUCUACCUCAACUUCCAGCCAGUACACACAGAGAGAUCGAGAUGGCACAGAAGCUGUUGAACUCUGACUUGGCAGAACUGAUUGCAAAGAUGAAGUUAGCCCAACAAUAUGUGAUGACCAGUCUCCAGCAGGACUACAAGAAGCAGAUGUUGACGGCAGCUCACGCUCUUGCUGUUGAUGCCAAGAACCUGCUGGAUGUCAUUGACCAAUCCCGACUCAAGAUGAUGGCCCAGUCCCGUCCACACUAGCCCCAUAUGGUCUAAACUGACCAACAGGAGAGAUGGCAUCAUUAUUGUUUCUAAAGACUCCUGGAUUGAAGACGUCAGUCCCGAUGUGUGAGAGUUGAUGGAGGUAGCUGCUUUACAAAUCGACAGCGAGAACAGUGGCUCUGAUCAUCUGAUAAUGGUCCACGAUGAAUCGUUAGAUUUUUUUUUAAUCCCGCUAUAGUCGAGGUAAUUAGUUCAUCUGGGAUUACAAUCUCCACCACUGUGACUUUCUUUACACACGAAUAGAGCAAAAACACUUCCUGAAUCAGGGACUUGGCAGCUUCACUCUCUUCGGACUGGAAUACAAUGAUGAGAGGAGGAAACGCAGAGGAUGAAAAUAAUAUACUCGUGAUUUUUAGGCUGGAAAUCUGGAUCUGAGGUGAGCCGGAUCCCUGAGGUCAGAGGUUUAAAUGGCUUCAAAACUAUCAUGAAAGCUGGUAAGAUCAGGUGGAUUGGAACGUGAUGGGAUGGCGGCUGAUCUGCAACAUAUCUGCAUGAAACUUCACGGUGGGAUCUUCGACGUCAGCCGCUUCAGUUUGUUGACGUUUCGAUUCCUGGUUUGGAGCGCCUUUCUCCAGUGAAAUAUCUUUACACCAGGCAGAUCAAAUCAGAUGUUUCUGGUGCUUUGGGUGGACGUUCCAACAAGAGAAUUCACAGUAACGACAGUCUUGGUUUGGUUUUCUCCUGCUCUUCAUGCCUCCUCCUCGCUCCUUUCUCUCUUCCUCUCUUUUCUCUGUCUCACAGUGUUUUAUUUAUAGACUUAAACUGCAGAGGAGGAGACAGAGGCAGGAACUUAAAAAAAAAAAAAGCAGAAUGAACCUCGAGGACAGUCUGAUACCACUCCACUGCCUGGAGAAAGAAAACAUUCUCCUCCCCUUUCACUCACUUUUCCUUCCUUUCACCUUCACUGCUCCCCUCUUCCCGCAGUCUUCCUCAGCUCCUCUCUGAGCCGGUUUUAAAGACUCCAAAUGUGAAGACUCCAGCUCUGUCUGGGUAAACAACACAGACAGGAUCCUCCCUACUCGCACUCACUUUAGUCUACACUUUUUAUUGACUGGCUCCAUGUUUUUUGUGUUGUUUUGAGCAAUCUUCUUCCUCUGUAGUGAAAACAGUUUGAAACUUUGAACUGCAAAACAGAUUUUCAAUCCCAGCAAUGACUGAUGUGCAAAAAAAUGAAAAGAAAAUGGGUUCAGCAUGAGUAGCAGGAUGCUUGCGAUUGGUCCGUGAGGAAGAAGAGGGUGACAUGUCUCAGACUGGUCACUGAGCAUUCAUCUGUUUCUGUGAGGACAGCGUCUCCUUUUCUUUUUUCUCUCCUCACAUAUAUUCCCAGUGUGCUCCAUAUGUUCAUAAUAUAAGACUAGAUUAACUGUCCAAUCACUCACUAGUGACACUAAAACUAUAUUUCCUGGUCACGUGAACAAACCUCACAUCACCUUUGUGCACACGUUGACUCCCACUCUCUGUCACCACAACCACCACCUAAUAAUAGUCCCCAGGGAAACAAGCACACAUGAAAUGUGGAGCCACAUGACUGGAACUUGUUUCUCAGACACAAAACACUGAAAUGACAAUGCAGCAACCACAUUUGUCUUUGUUGAUAUUGACCCCACAUGGACUAUGACAUACUGCUAUAUGAAAUAUACUGGUGACUGUACCGGUUUAUAUAGCAUGAUAUACUGUUUAUAGAGAAGAGCAUAUUUGCACAGCACCAAAAUAACACAUCCUAAAGUCUUUUUUUUUAAUUUUUAAUUUUUAAAUCCUGUUUUACCCAGAUGUGACUUCCAUGUUUCGCCAGCAAUGAAACUAUCAGAUCAAUCGAUCUGGGUGUUAUAGAGAUAAAAGAAAUGUAAAACAUAGAAAAAACAACAAACAAUCUAUUUUAUUUCCUUGUUGUUGUGUAAAUCUGCUCAUGUUGGUAUAUUGUAAGCUAUACUGGUGUGUAUCACUGGUGAAUUGUACAAAAGUCGUACUAGUAAACACUGGUAUUUAUUUUGUCUUCUGGGCUGAAUAAGCCAUCUUGUCAAAUAGGAGGGGGAAAAAAGCAAUGGAAUAAAAAUAAUUAU